CGUACGGCAAUGCCUUGAUGCCAUUGCCAAUGGCCGGCAAGCGCAAUGCAGACGACACAGGCUGCUCCAGGGAACACGGCAGACGCCUGGUCAUAGCGGAGCCAGGAAUGACUUGAACAGGCGCCUAGCUGACGGAAGGACCGAUCCGCUUCUCAGUGUCUUUCUGCACUGACCUCCCACCUUGGAUCAUGUUGCCAGCGCGUCAACAUAUAAGGUUCGGCGCGAUGCUCGCCGCUGCACAUUGAGAACUCCGGAUCUUUCCUAAUCAAGCGGUCACCAGCAAACCUCUGCUACAACUUGAUUGCAUGCAAGGGUUUCUGAGCCUGAUUGAGGUCAGAGCAAGCAAUCGCUAUGUCCUUCUUCGGAAAGAAACCAGGGGGCACUCUUGUGGUUGGUGGUCUGGAGAUCUCAGAUGAUGAUGAUGCUGCACCACAGACCGUUCUGAGAGCCUCAAGAGUGUUUGGAGAAGCCAAACCCUCACAGGCUAGACGCAGGGGGCCACAGAGCCAAACAGCCAAAAAGGAAGGCGGCAGUGGUCAGCAAGAAGCGGAGGGUGGUGGCUCGCCAGGACUAACCAAAGGAAGGGCAAAGCGCAGAAGGGUCAUUCUUGAAGACGAUGAUGACGACGACCAUCAUGUUGAAGAGGUUGCAACUGAGGACCAGCCUCAAGGAAGUUGGAGAUCUAGCUCAAGGGGCGACUCCGUGAGUCAUCUACAUAACGAAGUGGUGCCUGAAACAAGUGAAGAUACGCCUGCCAAAGGCAAUGCCGCUGAGGCAGGAGCAUCCAGUAGAGGAGCGACAGAGCACUUCAUCGCCCAGCCUAAAGCGCAGCGGUGUGAGAUCAAGCCCGGCAGCUUCUACGCCACGGCUGACCAGCUCAGCAAACCUAGAACUCUGAUUGACUUGGAGUCCAAGGAAGAUGACAAGGAAAAGAAGGAACGGGUUGUGCCUUACGUAGACUUAGAAGCGACCAAGAGCAAUGGGGUCGAGUUGCUAGAGGACCCGGUGCUACAUGCGCUCAAGGAGUGCGAGAAGAUUGCAGCCAUGCUGCGAAAGCAGCUGCAUACUGCAGAAGGAGCCACCGAGGGGUACAGUGAAGUUGAUGCAGCUGCAGCGAGGCUGGUAACUCAGGCUGAGAUCACAGCGGUCUGCGCGUCCGGUGACACUGCCACUGCCAGCACCCCUCUCCUUAAGCCCUACCAGCUCAUCGGUGUCAACUUCCUGCUGCUGCUCCGGCAGCAGAACAUUGGAGGGGCAAUCUGCGCUGACGAGAUGGGACUGGGGAAGACGGUCCAGGCCAUUACAUAUUUGGGCAUCCUGAGCCAAGACACUGGCCAGGGGCCGCACCUAGUUGUCUGCCCUGCAUCGCUUCUCGAAAACUGGAGCAGGGAGUUUCAGCUCUGGUGUCCAGCCUUAACUCUAGUGGUGUACCACGGGCCUGAACGCGCGCAUGUGCGCCACGGCAUUGAAAUGGAGGGCCGGAAUGGAGGGCCGCCUCCGUUCGACGUCCUCCUCACGACGUACUCUCUCUUCGAAAGGAGCAGUACACUGGCUGUGGAAGACCGCAGCUUCCUGAGGCGCUUCGACUGGAACUGUGUUGUGAUGGACGAGGCGCAUCUGCUGAAAGACCACUCGAGUACGAGGACGAAGAAGCUGCGGAAAAUCGCGUCCGCUGCCAAGUGCCGGCUGAUGCUGACGGGGACGCCUCUACAGAACGAUCUGCAGGAGCUGUGGACGCUGCUCAACUUUCUGCUUCCUGACAUCUUCCAGCUCAAGGACCUUGAGGCGGCCGGCAGCCGAUCGGACAGUCCGGAGACGCAGACUGGCCUCAUCGAACGGCUGAAGACGAUCCUGGCGCCCUUCGUGCUGCGCAGGGUGAAAGCUGACGUCAUGCAGCAGCUCGUGGCGAAGCAGCAAAAGGUAGAAACGCUCGCGAUGCACCCGGCCCAGGCGGAGCUCUACCGCUCGGCGCUCGACGAGUACCGGGCGCAGGCCGGGCCGACGGGGCGGGUGAACAAGAUGCCCAAGCGCCAGGUGGCGAACAUCUUUACGCACCUGCGGAAGAUUGCCAACCACCCGCUUCUCGUCCGGUCGAAGUUCUCCGACUCGGACGUCCGAAGCAUUGCGGAGAAGCUGCACUCUUGGGGAGUGUACAACGUUGAAGCGUCCGUUGAUAGAAUAUACGAUGAGUUGCAAGGUAGUAGCGACUACGAUUUGCAUCAGGUAUGCGGACAGUACCCCGGGCUAGCCGAGAAGACCCUCAGCCGGGAAGAAGCCCUGGCAUCCGGCAAGUGCGAGGUGCUGACCCAGCUCCUCCCCGCACUGCGCGCCAAGAGUUCCCGGCCGUUGAUCUUCAGCCAGUGGACGGCGAUGCUGGACGUGCUGGAGUGGGUGCUGGAGCUGCUCGGCUUUUCGUACGUCCGACUGGACGGCAGCACGCAGGUGUCCGAGCGCCAGGCGCUGGUGGACCGCUUCAACCAGGACGAUAAUCUGUUUGCGUUCCUGCUGUCAACGAGAGCGGGGGGGCAGGGCCUGAAUCUGACGGGCGCUGACACGGUGAUUCUGCACGACGUGGACUUCAAUCCGCAGGUCGACCGCCAGGCGGAGGACCGCUGCCACCGUAUCGGCCAGACGCGGCCCGUCACUGUCUACAGGCUGGUUUCGGCACAGACGGUGGACGAGAGCAUUCUGGAGAUUGCGAACCGCAAGCUCAGCCUGGAUGCAGCCGUCCUGACGGACACGGGCAAAUCAUCUGGUGAUUCCGACAGCAAGAGCAUGGGAGAAAUCCUGGCCAGUUUGCUGGCCGAUUAAUACGCGAUUGCAGAAGCUCCCCCUCGAUUCAUUUCUGUUGCCGUAAAUCGGGCAACGCACGGGUUGACUUGUUCCGCAAGGGCGUGUUUGCGCAAGCUCAGGCACAUAUGAAGUCGAGGUUUGUGCAGUAUCAUUGGCCGGGCCCAUGUAGGUACAUAGCAUAUGUGGUCUUUGCAGAAUUCCCUUUAAAGUCAAUUAUCCGAUUCUGUAUCUCUGUCAACUUCAGAGGAGGCUUGAAAAAACCGGUGAUCCAUGUAUCAGUAGCUCAUCGAUUUGAUGAUCGUGUGCAUCCCUUUGUAUCAA